AUGGCGGAAAAACCAGUACAAGUCGAUGAAGGCGAUUCAGCGUCGUCUCCCACCUCUGCUUCUGUCACGGUGUCUGCAUCAUCUCCCACCUCUGCUUCCGUUUCGGUGUCUGCAUCAUCUUCCACCUCUUCUUCGGUUUCCGUACCAACGUCAUCUUCCACCCCUUCUUCUGUUUCCGUACCUGCGUUAUCUUCCACCUCUUCUUCUGUUUCCGUACCUGCGUCAUCUUCCACCCCGUCUGCUGGCAUAUCUUCUCUUUUAGUAGCUGCAUCAGCUUCGGCUUAUGUUUCCGCUUUAUCUUUGACGUCAGCAUCGGCCACAGCAAACAAAGUAGUAUCGGCACCGGAGUUGAAGUCGCUAUCGGAAUUAGCAUCAGCAGCAUGGGCAACUGACUCAGCACCCAGAACAUCUACAUCAUGGGCACCACAGCCUGUAUCCACGUCAUCUUCGGUGCCAUUGAGACUCACAGACGAGUUACCUAUAAAACUAGAUGGAGUGUGCAAUGUAACUGAAUGGAAAAAACAAGUUGUGCGUGUAUUGAUCACAGAAAACUUGCUAGGGUUCGUGACAAACCCUACUACCCCUAAAAAAUAUGCAAGCGAAAAGGAUCGUUCUUGUGAUACGGUAAGGGAGGAGUAUCGGCAAUGGGUUAUUCAAGAUGAAAGAUUGCGCACUUGGCUGUUAUCAUCUUUAUCUGAAAAUAUGAGUUCUUCUGUGACGAGAAAAGAACACGCAUGGGAGGUUUGGAGUGGAGUGUUGGAAAUCUGCCGUAAUGAGUUGAUAAACAAUAUCAAGGCAGCCCUAAGGGCAGAGAUCAAGAACACGAAAGAGAACAAAGGAGAUCAAACUGUGAGGGAUUUUGUUAGCAGGAUCACUGCUCUCGCUAGUACGUUGAUAGCUUUGGGAGACGAUGUUUCUGAAGAAGAACAUGUUGAUGCCCUCUUGCAAGAUUUGCCGGACCACUAUGAAACUUUGCGAGCGUUCAUUCGAGAACGUCGUGAACGUCGUGACCGUGAAGGCAGUAACUAG